CCGCGCACUCGGGCACGGGGCUCGGUGCACCCCAGCCCGUGCAUCCCGGCGGGCGCCCGGAGAGAGAGGGGCGAGCCGGGGGGAUGAAUGCAAAGGCAGGCGGGGUCGAUGCGGGGGCGUCUGCACCUCCAGCCCCGCCGCGCACUCGUGCACGGGGCUCGGUGCACCGCGGCGCCCAGAAGGGAGAGGGGGUGCAUGCAAAGGCAGACGGGGUCCGCGGGGGGAGGCCUCUGCACCUCCAGCUCCGCCCCGCAUGCAAAGGCAGACGCGGUCGGCGCGGGGAGGCCUCUGCACCUCCAGUCCCGCCGCGCAUUCGUGCACGAGACUCGGUCCCGGCGCGGGCAGAGCCGCAGCCGAGUCGAGCCCGCCGAGCCCGCUGAGCCGAGCCGAGGACGCGCCAUGGUCCGGGGGCGCCCACCCGCCGCCCCGCUGCCGCUGCCGCUGCUGCUGCUGCUGCUGCUCCCGCCCCCGACGCGCGCGUUCGCGCCCCGGAUCCGCCUGCCGCUGGGCUCUGAAGAGCGGCCGCUCCUUCGCUUUGAAGCGGCAAACGUCACCAAUUACACGGCCCUCCUGCUCAGCCCCGAUGGCCAGACCCUGUACGUUGGUGCCCGGGAGAUCCUCUUUGCUCUCAACACCAGCAGCAGCUUCCUACCCGGCGGAGAGUACCAGGAGCUGCCAUGGAGAGCAGAUGCAGAGAGGAAGCAGCAGUGCAGCUUCAAGGGCAAGGACCCUCAGCGCGACUGUCAGAACUACAUCCAGAUCCUCCUAGCCCUGAACGCCAGCCACCUGUUCACCUGCGGCACCUCGGCCUUCAGCCCCACCUGCACCUACAUCAGUGUGAAGAACUUCACGCUGGCUCGGGACAGGGCAGGGAACAUCCUGCUGGAAGACGGCAAGGGACGUUGUCCCUUUGACCCUAACUUUAAGUCCACGGCCCUGAUGGUUGACGGCGAGCUAUACACGGGCACUGUCAGCAGCUUCCAGGGCAACGACCCAGCCAUCUCCCGCAGCCACAGCCUGCGCCCCACCAAGACGGAGACCUCCCUCAGCUGGCUCCUAGACCCAGCAUUCGUGGCCUCAGCCUACAUUCCUGAGAGCCUGGGCAGCCCGCAUGGGGAUGACGACAAGAUCUAUUUCUUCUUCAGUGAGACGGGCCAGGAGUUCGAAUUCUUUGAGAACACCAUUGUGUCCCGUGUCGCUCGCAUCUGCAAGGGCGACGAGGGUGGCGAGCGGGUCCUGCAGCAGCGCUGGACGUCCUUCCUGAAGGCCCAGCUGCUGUGCUCGCGGCCGCAUGAUGGCUUCCCCUUCAACGUGCUGCAGGACGUCUUCACGCUGAGCCCCAGCCCGAACGACUGGCAGGACACCCUCUUCUACGGAGUCUUCACAUCCCAGUGGAAUGGGGGCUCCACAGAGGGCUCUGCCGUCUGUGUCUUCACCAUGAAGGAUGUGCAGAGAGCCUUCAACGGCCUCUACAAGGAGGUGAACCGUGAGACGCAGCAGUGGCACACCGUGAUGCACUCUGUGCCCUCGCCUCGGCCUGGUGCAUGUAUCACCAACAGCGCCCGGGAGAGGAAGAUCAGCUCGUCCCUGCAGCUGCCCGACCGCGUGCUCAACUUCCUCAAGGACCACUUCCUGAUGGACGGCCAGGUGCGCAGCCGCCUGGUGCUGCAGCAGCCACAGGCCCGCUACCAGCGUGUGGCCGUCCACCGAGUGCCUGGCCUGCACCGCACCUAUGACAUCCUCUUCCUGGGCACCGGCGACGGCUUGCUACACAAGGCGGUGAGCGUGGGCCCCCGUGUGCACGUUAUUGAAGAGCUCCAGAUCUUCCCGCCCGGACAGCCCGUGCACAACCUGCUCCUAGACACCCACAGGGGGCUGCUGUACGCCUCCUCCCACUCGGGCGUGGUCCAGGUGCCUGUCGCCAACUGCAGCCUGUACCGGAGCUGCGGGGACUGCGUGCUGGCCCGGGACCCCUACUGUGCCUGGAGCGGCUCCAGCUGCCGACACGUCAGCCUCCAGGAAGCCAAGGCCGCCUCCAGGCCGUGGGUGCAGGACAUUGAGGGAGCUAACGCAAAGGAACUCUGCAACGCAACCUCGCCCAGGGGCCGCUCUUCCAAGGGAACAGCAGGUCUGCCGUGCAAGCCGGUGCAGUUCCAGCCAAACACGAUGAACACGCUGGCCUGCCCCCUGCUAUCCAGCCUGGCCACCCGGCUCUGGCUACACAACGAGGCCCCUGUCAAUGACUCGGCCUCCUGUCACGUGCUGCCCACUGGGGACCUGCUGCUGGUGAGCGGCCCACAGGAGCUAGGGGUGUUCCAGUGCUGGGCGCUGGAAGGCGGCUUCCGGCAGCUGGUGGCCAGCUAUUGCCCCGAGCUGGUGGACGACGCUGUAGCACCUGACCGCGCUGACCCCGUGGGUAGCCUGCCCGCGGUCAUCAGCACGUCUCGGGUGAGCGCGCCGGCCGUGGGGGGCUCGGCUAGCUGGGGCGUCGGCAAGUCCUACUGGACGGAGUUCCUUGUGAUGUGCCUGCUCUUCGUGCUGGCUGUGGUGCUCCUUUUCCUCUUCCUGCUCUACCGGCACCGAGGCGGCAUGAAGGUCUUCCUGAAGAAGGGCGAGCGCACCAGCAUGCACCCCAAGACCCGCCCGGCCGUGCCCCCUGAGACACGGCCACUCAAUGGCGUGGCCCCCCCCACCAUCCCACUGGACCACCGGGGCUACCAGGCCCUGUCGGACAGCUCCCCGGGGCCCCGGGUCUUCACUGAGUCGGAGAAGCGGCCACUCAGCAUCCAGGACAGCUUUGUGGAGGUGUCCCCGGUGUGCCCUCGGCCCCGGGUCCGCCUGGGCUCCGAGAUCCGGGACUCGGUGGUGUGAGAGCAGAUCUCCUGAGGUGGCUGGGCCUCGAGCCUGAGUGCAGAGGGGCAGCUGGCCUUGCUUCUGGGGGCUGACCCACAGCCCUCCCUUCAGACGGAGAGCCCCCCCUCACAGACAGCAGGCCCGGGAGGUCCGAGCCGGAGAGGGGCCUGCCCGACGGCCACAGUGCUCCUGGUGCAGGCGGUGCAGAGAACAGGGCACGGAGGCUAGCAGGACAGCCAGGGCUACUGUUGAGAUGCAGGUGGCUACAGCACGCCUUGGCCACAGGCAGGUGGCUCUGUGAUGGGUCACGCGGCCAAGGCACUCUCCUCGCCUGUCCCCAUGAGAGUUGCCACACAGGGCUGGGACUGCGUGCUGGGCAGUUAUGCAUCAGAGUAUACGUCCACUUGGAUCCAGAUGGUGGCUGCCUACGCUGUCUCCCACUCCCAGCCUGUAUUCAGGAAUCAAGCUAGACUUUACAAAAGAUAUAUACACAGAAAAUGUGAAACAAAAUCGAGGACCGUGAGGCUUACCAAGCCACACACCAGUGGCUGUGGUGCCCAUCGCCAGACACUGGGACCUCUGCCAGGUGAUCGGAUCCCUACCCGCCACACUCACUGUCUCAGGCCACCCUGGUGACCAUGAAACUGGGUCCUGCCUUGGCAGUUGGUUGGUCUAGAGGCCACAUCCCGUCGCUUCUGGAACCAACCGGGGGACUGGACUCAUGGACUCAUGGACUCAUGGAGCCCACUCAGAUCUGCCUGCUGAACCUUUGUGGCCUGUAUCAGGCUCUGACCACGGGGCAGUGUGAGCCCAGAGGCACCAGGACAGAUUUCCCCCAGUUGAGGAAGAAACUGAGCUUGAUUGCGGCUCCCCCUUCUGACACAUUCCAGCCCCAGCGAGCCCACAACCCUUCCCAUAUCUUGAGCCCACAAAACUGCAGGAGGAUCCACAUACCCCCACCGCGUGAAUGUCUCCAUUCCACAAGAGAGACAUCAACCUGCCCGGGGACUUGGGCAUUUAUAUGUUUUUUUAAUGGAAAGCACUUUACUGUCAGUUUCUUUUUUGUAAUAAAAUCUAAAAGACUAAAAUGA